AUGAGCGACUAUUAUCACCACUUUCUCUCCUCGAUGGUGGGGGCUGGAGAACAACCCAGCCCAAACCAGCUCGAUGGCGUUGGCCAUCUGUCUCAGCCCCAGAUUAUGCCGAUAGGCAGCUCCCCAGCACCCACUUCGUAUCAGAGUCUGGGGUACUACACCGGAUUUCCGGAGCCCAUCAUGUUCAACGCACCCAAGGCGCAACGAAGCAGGAGAAAGUCGGCACCGGGUCUAGAUCACAUCAAGCAUCGCCGCACGAGAUCUGGUUGUUACACUUGCCGGAGCCGGCGUGUCAAGUGCGACGAGACCCAUCCUAUCUGCGAGAGAUGUAGGAAAGGGAAAAGAGAAUGCAUCUAUCCAGAACCACCACCUGCAAAAGGGUCGAAAGACUCGGCUGGGCCCAGCCAGCAGGCGAGCCCGACUUCAUCUCGGGGAGAGGACGAUGACGAAGUAGACCAAGAGAUGAAACUCGAUCCGAUUCUAGACGAAGACGAAGACGAGCCCGAAAGCGCCACCUCGCAGAUGUCGUUGCCGAAUUUCCCAUUGCGAAGGUCGAGCACUACGUCGUCCUUCGGUCGACAAAGGAUGGCUGCCGGGCGCCGUCAGGGAUCGGAGACCCCGUCCUGCGAUGGGACAAAGAGCUCAUCCCCGUCCUUGUCGACCGGAGUCACCAGCGCCCACACGCCCGCCGGGUUUCAGUUCUCCGACGGAUCAACAACGGUGGCAACAACCCCCCGCCCUGACUGGACGUUUCUUCCACACGAGCUGCAGUUUUACCUUAACUACUUCCACGACAACAUCACACACUAUCACUACUGCGCGGUGGAGGACGCAGAUGACUUCUUCCAAAAGAUCUUACCGGGACUGGCAAUCCAGAACGAGGCGUUACUGUAUGCAGUGGUGGGCUUCUCUGCCUACCAUCACGCCCUCAGGAAUCCAACGGGGAGAGUCCAUGAAUUUCUUCAGUAUUACAGCCGCAGCGUUACGCUACUUUUGGAGUGCCUGAAGAAGGAGAAGCACACAAUAACCACGCUGUUGACGAUCCUACAGCUUGCGACGAUCGAGGAAUACUUGGGCGACUGGGUCAACUUGAUGGGCCACCAAAAGGCAGCUUUUGAAGUCCUCAACCAGCUGUUCACGCCACAGACCAUCAUGCAAACACCUGCCGGCCGCGUUGCUUUGAUGUGGUACACCCGGUUCGACGUCUUUGUGGGUAUCAUGGGCAGCUUCAAGACUUCGCUAUCGCGGGAUUGGUACACGGCAUCAGUGGAGUACUACGAGUCACGGGCAGCAAUGGAACCGAGCAACCUGUCGUGGAAAAUCGAGGCUUGUUCAGCACGGGUACGACUAGGGUCACAAGAGAUGUCCGAUCUGUUCGCCCGGGGCGCGAAGAAGGAGCUCACGGAUGAAGAAUACACAGUGGAGCACCGCAAGAUGACCACGUCUUGGGACGAUUGGCACAAAUCGUGGGAUCCAGCACUCACCGAUCCCGCAUUCUACGUCAACGAGUUCCCUGGCCACCCGACACCCAGCCCCGACGACAUUGUCAACCCGUACGCGCCGGGCAUCUUAUUUCGACCGCCACUAUUCGCCUCGACAAUUUUGACGUGCGAGUACCACUCGAUCUCCCUUAUGCACGUCAGCCAGAGUGCUGCGAGGUUGACGGACGAGGACCGGGCGCGGCUGAUGAAACACGCAUACGCGAUAUGCCAGAUCUGUGAGACGGUGGAACUGUGGCCACAGAGUCCGCCGGGGAGUUUGGUGGUUCUGCAGUCAUGCCUGGCGAUUGCAGCGCUGUACAUGAGACGGGAUCCGAAGCAUCAUAUGUGGAUUAGGCGGAAGUUUGCGUACCUUGAAUCGAUGGGGUACAUAUCCCCCAUCACGAUGCGCACUCGCAUGGCCGAACUCUUUAAAGAUGACAGCUGCCUUCGGUGGUGGCUUCCUAACGACGAAGGGUUCAGCCUGCUGCUACAAAACAUCCGGGCUAUUGCGGACGAACGCAACGCCACGGCUCUAGCUACCCAGCGAGAGAGCUUGCAACAGAUCCGCCACGUGUUUUCGAGGAUGCAGAUUGAGGCAGAAGAGGAUGGACGCAAAGAUGGGGCGAACACAGGGGUAUAA